ACUCCUGGCAGCUCAGUGAGUCUCACACUGAGCAGAGUGGUUAGCUCUGGCUAGCAAGCCGCACAAUCCACAAAGGUAUUUGGCCGAUUUACCCAGUGUGUACAGAAUUUUUAAUAUGUUUAUCCUGCAGCGUUGCCCGAUUUAGAAGUGAAUUAGUCAACAAAGUGGUGUUUUCUGUCAGCGCUUCAACAGGAAAGGACGACGAGAAGACUGGAGUCGGAGCUAACACUGGUUAGCUGGCUAAUGUUCGUUAGCGAAGUAGCCUGCCAACGCAAUGGCCUACAGGUGUGUCCCAGAUGAUGCAAGGCACCUCUGCCUUUAAAAACCAAGAUGAGUGAAGUCCAGGCCACAGUAGAGUUCUCUGUGGAGCUCCACAAGUUCUACAAUGUGGACCUGUUCCAGAGAGGGUUCUACCAGAUUCGUGCCAGUUUGAAAGUGCCACCUCGGGUCCCACACAAAGUAGAGGCCAGUCUUCUUCACCCAGCAGGCUCAGAUCUGGCCUUCCCUGCCUGUGUCCAAGAUGAUGUCAUCUGCAGCAAAACUUUCCAAAUCUUGUACAAGAAUGAGGAGGUUGUGGUCAAUGACGUCCUUCUUUUCAAAGUGAUGAUGCUGUUGGAUGAAAAGAGGGUGGAAGAGUCCCUUAAUGACAUGGAUUUCCAGCUCUUUUUGGAUCUAUACUUCACAGAUGGUGACUACACGCCAGAUGAUCCAAGCUCUCUCCAGAAUAUCAGUGGCCGCACUCUUCGAAUGCACUUUAGCCUCCAACGAGGCAUCCACCAACACAUCAAUGUCAUGUUUGACUACUUCCACCUGUCUGUCAUCUCCGUAGCCAUCCAUGCCUCCCUGGUGGCACUGCAUCAGCCCCUCAUCAGUUUUCCUCGGCCAGUGAAGACCACAUGGCUCAAUCGCAAUGCUCCAGCACAGAGCAAAGACUCGGUUAUCCCACCCCUGGAGAAUGUGGUAUUCGGCAGCAGUUAUGUCAAGCAGGUGUCCCCAGAUGGCAGGACAUUCCUGGUGUCUGACCACUGUCUACAGCAUGCCUUUAGUCUGCACCAUAACCUUUGCGCCAGUCUGCUGCUAGCCUACCGGGGACUCUUUGACUACUUCACCUCUGUUACCAAGGAUCUGCCAUCCUCCCAUCGUAUGGAGCUAGCCAAGCCCAGCAUGCAAGUCCUUUAUGAGAGAGUACUCAGAAGACCCUAUCCCCGAAGUCAAAGGCACGUCUACAUAGAGCAACUCGACUUGGAGGCCCGUCUGGCUGAGCUUUGUGAACAAGUCAAGCAAAAAGCAGAGACCCCUGAUGAAUUGGCAGAGCUUGUGAACAUGAACCUGGCUCAACUCUGCUCUCUGCUGAUGGCCCUCUGGGGGCAAUUCCUCGAGGUGGUGUCUUUACAGGAGAAUGUUGCCGCCCUGCUGGCCAUGGAGCACCAUACACUAAGAGUAAGGCGGUUUGCUGAGGCUUUCUUUUGUCUUGAGCACCCAAGACAAACUGCGUUGGCGUAUCAAGAGCUACAUGCUCACAGCCACCAGCAGAUGACUAAUGCCAUCAAAAGCUCCAGCUACUUUCUAUCUUUGCCUCCACUUCCAGUGGAAUGUGCAGAUCUCGAUGGCGAUGUCAGCUCCCUGCCAAUCAUCUUUGAGGAUAGGUACUUGGAUUCCAUCACUGAAGAUCGUGAUGGUCCCUGGCUGGGCAUGCACAAUACAAGGGCUGGCUCAAUGUCCAGUAAGAUGGACAAGCCCAACUCAAAGGACUUCACAGCAGCUGCCAGUUUCCCCAGCCCUGUACCAGAAUCUCGGUAUGCAGCUGUGGACACCACCUGGCCAGACAGCUGCGAUCCACCACCAAAGUCAAAAGGCAAGUCAGUCAAGUUGAAGAAAAACUCCAAGACUGAGAACUCCAAGAAGCUAAUAAGACAGGGGUCUAAGGACUCUGUAGUUCUGGUGGGCUAUAAGAACCUCAAGGCUCCUUUUGGCGACCCUAGUACCAAGUACAAGGAAGGGGAGGCACCCCUGAAUCAAGAAGAGGAGCGGGACACCUUGCUGGGUGACUCAAGCAGUUAUUUAAGGACUAAUACCAGUUCUGUUCAGGACUCUAGUGCCACAACCACACAUGCUGGAAACAGUGUUGUUGAUUAUCUUACAGAUGAAAACACAACUACCGCUGCUUGUCAAAAAGGUUACUUCAAAAAUCUUACGAACUUGGAUCCACAGAGUAAGUCUCAGGCAGGUACUGGGGCUGUAGGGACAUAUAAUCAAACAGUGCACAAAGAUGAGCAACUUGACCACUGUAGCCAAAAGCUGCCACAGCCUGUUGGGCUUAGGCAAAUUGAGGUGAAACCAAGUAACAAGGACCCAUUCCAGGGAGACAAAGUGACAGUUCUUCUACCCUGUCGGACUGAUAGAACUAUGAGUAGAGAUAUUCCAGAGAUCACCCAGACAGACCUCUGUGACUCUAAAAUGUCAGUGGAUUCUGUGUUUGAUAGGUGUAAUAAAGAGGCAGCAGCACAGCGUAGCCGGCCUGGUCUGGUCCCAAUGCAGGUAAAAGGUGAUUGUAUCAGACUCCCAGAUGCGGGGGUCCCCAGUGCCUCUUCUCGCCUCUCAGACUCGGGUAUUGAGAGUGAGCCUAGCUCCUUCGCUGCCCAACUGGCUCCUGGAUCCCAGGGUUUUGCAGGACUAGGUGUAGCUGAAUUAGAUGGUGGCCCCCCACAGCCUGAGAGGCCCCUCCUGAGCCCUGCACUACGCCCUGUUCAGCCUAGCUCUGUGCAAAAGGCUAGUGGGACCACAGAAGGACUUAACCCAGAAAGUACCAGUGCCGUUAGUGGAGUCCAGUCCUCUCUCACCUCCAUCAACUCCCUGCCCUCAGAUGAAGAGGGAGAUGGUUCUUCUAGGGGCUCUAGUGGAGCUGAAAUCCGAGGCAGAAAGUCCAGUGUUUUGGUGCAGGAGCAGAGCGUAGUCUUCUCUGGAGAUUUCACUAACAGACCUGCCAUUGACUCUACAGCACGCUGCCCCCUGCCUCCCCAAUCACACCACUCUGUGGCCUGCAACCCUGACACGACUACAGUUGAUUCACAAUCUGCAAAGCCUGUGCCUGAGUUGGAAGUAGAUCCCAAAUCGAUAGGUAUUUCUGAACUUGGGCUAGAGGGAGCAGUGGGCACUGGGACCAUGAAAGAAUCCCGUAGUGAGUCCCAAACUGCCUGCCCCUCCAGUAAUUCUGCCACCAGUAGCACUGACCUUGUGAAGCGUGGGAUGGUGGAGAACUACUUUGGUUCACGCUCUAGCACAGAUGUGUCUGAGAUCAGCCCUGUGGAAACAUCUGCUAUCACUCUGGGAAUCCAGACAGGACCACAGGGUGAGGAAGAUGAGGACGAGGAUGAGACUGAGCAUGAGAUGAUCGAGAAUGGUUACUACGAGGAAGGAGAUGGCUAUGCUUUUGUGAAUGGUGUUGCUGAUGAAGACAGAAUUGGGGUUGAGGAUGCAGGUGCUCAAGAGGCUAGUGUUUUAUUUGAACAGCUUGGCCUGGGUUACCUCCAUGACACAAAGGAUUUACCAAGAGCCCCCAUCUGCUCCACUCUACCCUCCAGCAGUGGUGGCCAUAGCCAGGGAAGGCAUCCCUGUCCCUCCACCUCCCUUUCCUCUUGCCUCCGCUGGUAUGAGAGUGCACCCACACCACAGAUGAAAGCGUUCAUCAAGGCCAAGGAAGAAAUGAAGCAGCUAAGGUUACCUGGUUUCCUAUACAGCGAGGUACCUGAGCUGGCAUCCACUGUGCCCUACUUCAGCUUGGAGGAGGAUGAAAGCUGUGAUGAAGGCAUCCACCUCAUAGUCUGUGUCCAUGGCCUGGAUGGUAACAGUGCAGACCUGAGACUGGUGAAGACUUACCUAGAGCUAGGACUGCCAGGAGCUCGUAUAGACUUCCUUAUGUCUGAGAGGAACCAGAAUGACACUUUUGCUGAUUUUGAGUCAAUGACAGAUCGACUGCUAGAUGAAAUAGUCCAGUACAUCCAGAUAUACAACCUCACAGUGUCAAAGAUAAGCUUUGUGGGUCAUUCCUUGGGGAACCUAAUAGUUCGCUCAGUGCUAACCAGGCCAAGGUUUAAAUGCUACCUAAGCAGACUGCACACCUUCCUUUCACUCUCUGGACCUCACCUGGGCACGCUGUACAACAGCUCUGCUCUGGUCAACACUGGCCUUUGGUUCAUGCAGAAGUGGAAGAAGUCAGGGUCGCUCCUUCAGCUGACUUGCCGUGAUCACUCAGAUCCUCGCCAAACUUUCCUCUACAAGCUGAGCAAGAAAUCUGGUUUGCAAUUUUUCAAGAAUGUGGUGCUGGUUGGUUCACUUCAGGACCGUUAUGUCCCCUAUCACUCUGCUCGUAUAGAGAUGUGCAAAACAGCAUUAAAGGACAAACAGACAGGUCCUGUGUACGCUGAAAUGAUUGAGAACCUGCUGCUGCCCGUACUUCAGAACAAAGACUGUAAUCUAGUGCGCUAUGAUGUCAUUCAUGCCCUUCCCAACACAGCCAACUCCCUUAUUGGCCGGGCCGCCCACAUCGCCGUCCUCGAUUCUGAGAUCUUCCUGGAGAAGUUCUUCCUAGUUGCAGGCCUCAAGUUCUUUCAGUAGGAAUGUGGCAGCAUCCACCCCAUGGCUGUAUGAGAGGAAUGUGGAGAUAUUACCUCACUGCAUCUAAAAUCUAAUUCUUAUUAUUGUAUCUGGACUAUCACUUGGUUUUUAAAUGCAUAUACUUCCUUGGGGAAGACAUAAGAACAAAAUCAGUUCUUAUGUUUCAUGUUGCAGUUUCCAUUUUAUUGGAAUGUUAGUGGAUAUGGAGUCCGCCAUUUUUAUUUUUCUACUGCCAUUUUUUUUAAAGAUUAUUUCCGUUGAUUUUAUGUGCUGGGAAACCCUUUCCCCCGUAAUAUGCUAUAUUCUCAGUGUUAUUUAUGUCUUUUUUCCCCUCCAUCAAGACAUUCAUUAUAUUUGGAUGCUGAACUGGAAAUGUAGCUGCUAAAAAUGAAAUGGUUGUUUUGGUGAGCUGGCCUAAGUCAAGUCUGCACAUUUUGUCCUCACCAUUGCAAAUGUUUUUCCACCAAUUUUAAAGACACACUCUGCAUUAAUUUGCACCACAACUACAUUUUACAAGCUUUUGUACUGAGAAUGGUCAUUUGUACAAGUUACUUUUUUAUCAACAAUUUCCAUCAUUUUUAAAGGCAAAGACUGCAGUUGAAAUAGGACUGUUGUUCAGACUUUGCAGCCGCGGCUUUGGUCUUAAUGCAUACUGUUCCUUGCCAUGGCAGCAAUCUGCACAACACUGACCCAACCUGGUGUUGGGAGAGUAAAGCUUUGCCUAAAACAUGGUAACAUUUUAUUACAGGGGUUUUGAGCAAUGAACACGAUCGAGCAAAAGCACACGUUGGUUAUAUGAAUUUCUUUUAAUUGAAAGUAUUUCUUUAGUAUCAUUUGGGGAUUAUUUAUGUGUUCAAACUGGAAAGUAUUGCUUUUAAUUAAAAAAAAGUUUCUUGGUCAAUGGUUUAUAUAUCAUCACACUCUACCAUUAAAUAUGCAUAUUAUUAAGUGGCUUAUGUGAUUUUUUUUUUUUUUUUUUUUUUCCAUUUUCAGACUUAAAGGGGGAUAUGUAAUUCCUGUUGUUGAGGAAAGUCCAGUCCAGUUUAAUCAGUUGUUUAAUCAUUUGUAAUCAUCAAUGUAAGUCAUGUCUGUUGCUUCUCAACAUAAUUUGAAGCUUGUUUUUUAUGUUAAUUGAAAAAUAGGUUUUAUCAGAAGUGUUAUUUAAAA